AUAGUGUGAUUUCUAUAUGUAAACAAUUUAUUCGCAUUAAAACCUCAACUGACAAAAACAAAACCACACGGUGCUGGAUGUGCUGCUGAAAAACCCAUGAGUCACCUGACGUGGCGGCCUAUACUGUGGUGUUGCGCCCCCCUAUCUCUCUGUCUCUCUCUCUCUCUUUGGAAGAUAAUUUCCCCGUCCGAGCGCCCAAUCAACGUCGGGGAAGUACCUAAACCGAAAGGAGGAGCAUUCGACAUCGCUUCGAAAAGCCAACCGUCACGGAUUCAUUUUCGUUUUGAUACUCGAGCGCUACGGUCGAUCUCGAUCUUUUUACGCAAGACGCAAUUUCUAAAACAAAUAGAUACAUACAGCCAGUGUAUAUGUGAUUAACUAAAAUGAGCAAUAUCUUCGAUUUGGACAAGGGAAAGAAUGUUCAGUACAUGAACGAAGCCUCCUGCACGAGUGGAUAUAGCAGUGGAAACUCGCCAUCAUCCGUAAUGUCGCCAUCACAUUCCCCCGAAACGGUGGCGCUGCAAAAUGAUUUCGCAAAUCUAAAUCUACCACAGGCGAACUCACCUCAACCGCCACUGCAGAGUUUACCAUACCAGAUGUUGAAUGGCAACCUUGUUGUUGACGCCCGCAAUUUGACGACUGCCACGAGUUUUGGAAACAUGUAUGUGGACCAUCCAUACUACGCCCAGGCCCCCCCCGACACAACACAAAACUUUGGCUAUAAUCGAACCAAUGGGGGCGUCGGCGGCCUGGUGGCCAAAACGGAGUUCGGGCACAUGCCCGCUGCCCUGCGCAUCGUGGAGCAACCGGUGGAAAAGUUUCGCUUUCGAUACAAGAGCGAAAUGCACGGAACACAUGGCUCGCUCAACGGGGCCAACUCGAAGCGCACACCGAAAACGUUUCCAGAGGUGACGCUCUGCAACUACGACGGGCCGGCGGUGAUACGGUGCAGUCUCUUCCAGACGAACCUCGAAAGUCCGCACUCACACCAGUUGGUGGUGCGUAAGGAGGACCGGGAUGUGUGCGAUCCGCACGACCUGCACGUGUCCAAGGACCGCGGCUAUGUGGCUCAGUUCAUCAACAUGGGCAUCAUACACACGGCCAAGAAGUAUAUUUUCGAAGAGCUCUUCAAAAAGAAGCGGGAUCGCCUGGUGUUCGAAAUGAAGCGUCGCGAGCUGUCCACCAAGGAGGUACAGAAGCUGGAAAAGGAGACAGAAGACGAGGCCAAGGUUAUGAAUCUGAAUCAGGUGCGCCUCUGCUUUGAGGCCUACAAAAUCGAGGACAAUGGCAAUUGGGUGCCCAUUGCCCACCCCGUUUUCAGUAAUGCUAUCAACAAUCGCAAGUCUGCCCAAACGGGAGAGCUGCGCAUCGUGCGGUUGAGCAAGCCGACCGGCUCUGUGAUGGGCAACGAUGAGCUCAUCCUCCUCGUGGAGAAGGUCAGCAAGAAGAACAUCAAGGUGCGCUUCUUCGAGGAGGACGAAGACGGGGAGCCUGUGUGGGAGGCGUAUGCCAAGUUCCGUGAAUCGGAUGUUCAUCAUCAGUAUGCCAUCGUUUGCCAGACGCCCGCCUACAAGGACAAGGACGUCGACAGGGAAGUGAAUGUCUCCAUUGAGCUGAUACGACCCUCGGACGAUGAGCGCUCCUACCCAUCACUGCCGUUCCGCUACAAGCCACGUGAUGCUAUCGUCUCGCGAAAACGCCGGCGCACCUGUUCGAUUGCGACCAACAGCAACUCCGGCGGCAGUGCACAGAACUCUGGGGACCUGCCCAGGACACUGGCUCUGGACCAGCCCCUGGGAGUGCCUCAGGGACACGAAGUGCCCAUGGGGGGAACGCACUUCACGUACCAAGAUCAGACCAUCAGCCAGGAGUUUGGACGGGAAACGGUCCUGAAUGACCUGAUCACCUCGGAAGACUUCCGCCAGCUGAUCGAAACGCAGUCCGUAGAACUCAUGCCGAUUUGCAUGGGCGCCCUCGAGGCAGAUGGCCCUGGCCGGGCAGCGGAGCGACCGGCUGUCCCAACGGCAGCACCCAACCGGAAUUGGACGCCACACUUUUUGAGUGCAAUCUUCAAGAUCUACGAGGCGCAUCUGCGGUCACCAAAUGACAGCUCGCGGAAGCAGGUGGAGGAAAUGUUCACCGAACACGCCCUGCGGAACGACAACAACGACACGCUGCUGCACGAGGUGAUCAUCAGCCAGCGGACAGACGGACAGCUAAAGCAGGCCAUCCGAACCAUUGAGGUGAUGAAGUACUUCAAGCUGCAUGAUCUGGCGAACAAUGCCCUCAAUGCGGAUGGGGAUAGUGCUCUGCAUGUGGCCUGCCAGCACGAUCGCGAAUACUAUAUACGGCCACUGCUGAGCCUUGGAUGUAGUCCCAAUCAGCAGAAUCAUGCAGGGAAUACGCCCCUACAUUUGGCCGUCAAGGAGGAGCGUAUGUCCUGCAUUGAGAGCUUCCUGAAGGGUGGCAAGACCAGCGUAAGGCUCGACCUGACGCUCAAAAAUGACGAUGGAUUGACGCCGCUGCAUAUGGCCAUCCGGCAGAAUAAUUACGAUGUGGCCAAGAAGCUGAUCAAUCACGAUCGCACCUCCAUUAGUGUGUCGAACACAAAAGACGGCAACAAUGCCCUCCACAUGGCGGUGCUUGAGCAGAGCCAUGCACUGAUUGUGCUCAUUGUGGAUUCGCAGGACACGACCCUUUCGGACAUACUAAUGUCGCGCAAUGCGGCCGGUUUUACGCCGAUGGAUCUGGCGCGUUCCAAGGGCGACGGAAAGGUGCUUCAGCUGCUGGACAAGGUGUAUUCGGAGAAGAAUGAUUCGGCCAUGACCUGGGUACCCAACAAUAUCAAAGAGGAGCAAGACACCUCCUCCGAUGAGAGCAGCGAGGCAGCCCUAGAGAUCAAAAGCGAGAUGCUGGACCCCAAAACGGAAUUGGAAGAGCACAGCCGCGAAAUGGAAUGGGGGGGCAAUGAAAUUGUCAUCGAGACGGAGGUGGAAACAAGCAUCGAUCCCAGAUACAAUCUUCAGCUGCUGUUGAGCAACAAGAAGCGAUUCGAUAAGCUGAAGACACUGUUAAACAACCCGAUGGGCAGCGGACCCGACGCCCAUCAACCCAAGUGGAAGCAUUUGGCACGUAUUUCGCAUAUGGAGCGAUUCAGUUUCUUUUGGCAGGACGCAGCGGCAAUGCUCGACUAUAUUCUCAAUAAUGCCAAGUGUGUGGAGUAUAGCACCUUUGUCUUGGCCCUGGAGAUGGUCGACUCGGAGGCAUCGGCCCUGCUUACUUCCGAUUAGAAUUUACUGCGCUACAGAGAAAGAAUCAAUCAGAGAAAUCAAUAUAUUACUAGUUAAGUUUUUAUGCCUAAUCGUAAUGAAACAUAUACGCCCGUGACUAUAAGAAAAAUAAAUACACUAUAUUUGUA